AUGACCGAGCUUGUGGGUUCUCAUAUCGCAUCUAUUCAAAAGUUGGAGAUGCAAAUGAGAGAUCUCCCAAGAGAUCAAAAUCCGAAGCAAAAGGGCACACUCCCAAGUGACACAAUUGCAAACCCAAAAGGUUGUGGGAGCGGUCCAACUUCUCAUUUUGAGGCACAAGUUGAGGUGCCAAUUGUUGUUGAAGCUGAAAAAGUCCUAGAGGAGGUGAAAAUUCAAGAAGUGAACCGGGAAGAGGUUAAGGAAAAGGUGAAAUUGACACCAAAAACUCUAGCACCAAUUCCUAUACCUCCUCCUUUUCCUCAAAGACUUGAUAGGAAGGUUGUUGAUAGCAAACUCGAGAAGUUCUAUGACAUUCUCAAGCAAUUAUCGGUGAAUAUUCCGUUUGUGGAAGCAUUUCAACAGAUGCCAGGUUUUGCUAAGUAUUUGAAAGACUUGAUCACCAAGAAGAAAACCACCAAGAAUGAAGUGGUGAAUGUGACUCACUGGGUUUACAUCAACUUGAUGCCUCUUGCUAUUUACAAGCUAGUGGGGUUAGGUAUGCCGAGGCCUACAAGUAUGAGGUUGCAAAUGGCCGAUCAUUCAAUAAAGAGACCGGUGGGUAUUGUUGAUGAUGUUCUUGUGAAAGUGGGGAACUUCCUCCUUCCCUCCGACUUUGUGAUCCUUGAUUAUGCUGUUAAUAACAAAAUCCCUAUCAUCUUGGAGAGAAUAUUCCUUGCUACCGGAAGAGCACUUAUGGAUUCGGAAUGA